AUGAUUGAGCUUGGACGAGAUGACUACGAUAUCUUCGCCAACCAAGUUCUAUGGUCUCUCUUUGCCGUCACGACUAUCGUUGUCGCAUUGAGGGUCGUAUGCCGUUUGCAUUACGGAACAUAUCAACGGGCGGGGCUGGGUUUGGACGACUACAUCACCGUACUCUGUCUCGUCCUCAGUCUCGUCGUGUGUAUUCUUGUCACAAUAGCAACAGAUUUCGGUCUCGGAAGGCAUGUGUACGAGUUGAGCGAUUACGAAAAAACGAACGCGCUUAAAUAUAAUGCUAUAAUCAAUGCGGUUUUAAUAUGGCAGUUUUCGCUACCGAAGUUCGCUCUUAUCGCUAUUCUAAAACGAAUCCUCGAUUACGGCCCGAAGACGGCAGUUUUAUUUUGGGCACUUGGAAUAACCUCUCAAGCAUGCAUCUUAGCCGUGUCAGUCUGGUGGUUCAGGCAAUGCGAUCCUGUCGAAUUUGGGUGGGAUAAAACUAUUGAAGGGGGAACCUGCGCAGAUAUCAGAGUCAUAUCAAGCCUCUCAUAUUUCACGUCGGCUUAUUCCUCUUUCCUGGAUAUCUUCUUCGCAUUCUAUCCGAUCCCUUUCAUCAUGCGCCUGAAAAUGCCACUUCGAAGCCGCAUAGCUGUCGCCGGAGCUCUAAGCUUAAGCUCCCUAGCAUUCGUUGUGUCGGUUAUCAAAAUAUCUGCCCUUGGACGAGCCUUUGCUUUAUCCACAACGGAUCCCACCUAUGCUGUACCUUACCUUGAUAUCUUGGGAAUGUCGGAAGGGUAUAUCCUUAUAAUUUGCUCCUCGCUCCCAACUCUUGGACCUCUCUUCAGGGCGGCCAAGGUGAAAAUAACGAGUCGUGUCACUGGUACUAAUAACUCCGGAGCAAACGUUGGUUCCAGCCUACAUAGCUUACACAAGAGUUUCGGUCAUUCGAAAAAUCAAAGAUCUACGGACGAGAUGGAACGGUCAAUUGAGGGUUACUCAUCCAGUGUUGACGAAAUACCAUUGGGAACGUCAUCCAUGCCGUUAUCAUCUAAUACGAUUCAAAAAACCGUAGAUAUAUCACUGACUACGGAAGAGAUCAAACCCGAGUCGAAGACUCGCUCACGGCGCGAUCAAAUAUUUUGA